ACCCCUUUCCUACCUUAGGUCAAGCCUAUGUUGUGAUCCAACUUAAGGACAGUCGACGUACUACUAUGCUUCCACAGCAAGCUGCCACUCCUACUGAGAGAUCUGCACUUGUUUUUGGAACUCAGUCCCUUAGUGCAACCCCACAGUCUGGUGACUCCUCUACCAGGACUCCAGUGAAGUGCGAUUACUGUGGGAAGAAGCAUCACACCAAGGAGUACUGCUGGAAGCUUUAUGGCCAACUUGCUGAUAUAUCUAGAAAAAGCGAGGGAAGGGUCGUGCCGGUACUUCUGGGCAGCCCAACCAUAUUGAAAGCCUUGACUCUAACUCUGCUCUUAGCUCCUCAGCAGCCUCACUAUCAUCUGACGAACUUACUGCCCUCUGACGCCCCUUGACACAUCCAGAUUCUCCAGCACUUGCCACUGCGAGCUCUGCUCAUUCCACCCAUUCUGGGUCAGGUAUCUCCUUUUAUAGCCAUCAUAUGUCCCUUCUACCCCUUGGAUUAUAGACUCUGGGGCUUCUGAUCAUAUGACAGGCCGCUUAUCUUUUUUUUUUUUUCACAGUACACUACUUUACUUGUCUUGGUAAUGGUAAGGUCAAAUUGGCUAAUGGAACUUAUUCCACUAUUCUAGGGAAGGGCUCUAUUAGUUGUACCCCCUCUUCAUCCCUUUCUAUUGUAUUGCAUGUUCCUUCUUUUCCCACUAACCUUAUGUCCAUUAGUAGUCUUACCUCCAGUCUUAAUUGCAAAGUCAUAUUUUUCCCAUCUCAUUGUGUUUUUCAAGAUCUGGUGACAGGGGCAACGAUUGGCUCUGGUAGGGUACGUAAUGGCCAGAGACUCUUCAGACAUCUACGUCCCUCCCAUCUCUAAGUUACUGCAGUGGCAUCAUCGGUUGAGACAUCCCCCUUUGGGAACUUUGGCUAGAGUUUUUCCUUCCAUUAAAAAUUGUAAUUCGAGUCAGUUUUUUUGUGAGGCAUGUGUUUUGGCCAAACAAACUCGAAUCACUUAUUUUGUUUCUGAAAAUAAAAGUCACUCCUUUUUCAUUAAUACAUUCUGAUAUUUGGGGUCCAUCCCGCUAUGUGUUUGUCAAUGGUUAUCGCUGGUUUUGUCUCUUUUAUUGAUUGUCAUUCUCAGACUACUUAGGUUUAUAUGAUGCGAACUAAGGACGAGACCUUCUGUUGCUUUCAACAGUUUCACCACAUGGUUCAGACUUAGUUCGGUGCUACCAUUAAGAUCCUUCGAAGCAACAAUGGUCGGGAAUACUUUGAAGUGUCCUUUCAAGCUUACCUUUCAUAACAUGAGAUGAUUCAUUAGACUAGUUGUGUGGAUACUUUGGCUCAGAAUGGGAUUGUUGAGCGGAAGAAUCGCCACCUUUGUGAGGUAGCACGUCUCUUAUGUUUGAGAUGCAAGUUCCUCCCCAGUACUAGAGCGACGCAAUUCUCACUACUACAUUUCUUAUCAAUCGAAUGCCUUCUUGGGUCCAUGCAUUCCGCUCCCUCUGAAUCUUCUCCAAGGUUCCGCUGCCUUUCCUGUUCCUCCUAAGCAAUUCGGUAGUGUUUUCUAUGCUCGCGAUCAUCAUCAUCAUGGAAAGUUUGAUCCUUGUGGUCUCCUAUGUAUUUUUCUGGAGUAUGCUCCUACUCAGAAAGGCUAUCGAUGUUUUCAUCCUCCUACUCAGCAUUAGUUUGUGACCAUAGAUGUUGUCUUUCACGAAUCUACGUCAUACUAUACUGUGACACCUCUUCAGGGGGUCUCCUUCCAUUGUGGAAGAUGUGCAUCCGUCUCUUCCGUCUCUUGAAAUUGCUAUCCCUGCUAGUAUCCCAUUUCAGGGGGAGAGUGACUCCUACUUCUCCUACUUCGCCUCGGCCGGUGAUAAGUGUUUAUAGUUGCAGAGAGCAGACUCAAACCACUACACAUCCAACAUCUACCCUACCAUGCCAGUCGUCUCCUCUCAAGCCUGAUCUUGUCCACUUGAACCCUAGUAAUUCUCCUUCUCCUUCUGUUGAUCAGUCUCUUGAGUUGCCUAUUGUUGUUCGUAAAGACAAUAGGUCUUGUACUUUACAUCCUAUCGCUAAAACUGUUUCUUAUGACUCACUCUCUCCUUCCUGCUAUAGUUUUGUGUCUUCUCUUUCCUCUGUGUCCAUUCCUCAUACCUGGCAGGAAGUGAGUGUAGACUCACAAUGGCACGUAGUUAUGGUUGAAGAGAUGCAACCUCUGAAGAAGAAUGACACAUGGGAUCUGGUGUGUCUUCCCUCACAAAAGAAGACAGUUGGGUGCAAGUAGGUCUUCACAGUAAAAUAAAAGGCUGAUGGUACAAUGGAUCGGUACAAGGCUAGACUUGUUGCUAAAGGCUUCACACAGAGUUAUGGGAUUGACUACUAGGAGACUUUUGCUCCAGUUGCUAAGAUGGACACAGUUCGUGUUAUCUUGGCUUGUGCCGCCAACUUAGAUUGGGAUCUCCAGCAGUUAGAUGUGAAGAAUGCCUUCCUUCAUGGGGAGCUUGAGGAGGAAGUGUAUAUGGACAUUCCUCCUGGGUUCGCUUGCUCCAAAACCCAAGGGAAGGUAUGCGAGCUGAAGCAUGCUUUGUAUAGGCUAAAGCAAUCCCCUCGUGCUUGGUUCGGACGCUUCCAUAAGGCUAUAGUCGCUACAGGUUACUCUCAAAGCAAUGCCGACCACACUCUGUUCAUCAAGAGAUCUGGUGGGAAGAUUGCUAUAUCCUAAUAGUGAUAUUGUUGUUACUGGUGAUGAUCUGGCAGAAAUCUCUCACCUCAAGAGAUACUUGAGUGAGGAAUUCGAGAUCAAAGAUCUAGGACAACUUCGUUAUUUUCUCGGCAUUGAAGUUGCCAGGUCUUCUCGUGGGAUCUACUUGUCUCAGCGGAAGUAUGUGCUUAAUCUUCUCUCUGAGACAAGCAUAUUAGGGUGUAAGCCGGCAAACACUCCUAUUGAAGCUAAUGGUCACCUGAGUAGCAAGGAAGGUGACCCUGUGGAUAAGGGGAGAUAUCAGAGAUUAGUGCGGUGGUUGAUUUAUCUCUCUCAUACACACCCUGACAUAUCAUUUGCCAUCAGCCUAGUAAGUCAGUACAUGCAUGAUCCCCACUUGACUCACAUGGAAGCUGUGUUGCGUAUUCUCCGAUACUUGAAAUCUUCCCCAGGACGUGGCAUAUUUUUUUCUCCUCUUAAUCACCUUAGGGUAGAGGCCUUCAUAGAUGCGGAUUGGGUAGGUUCCCCUAAUGACCGCAGGUCUACUACUAGUUAUUGCACCUUUAUUAGUGGUAACCUUGUUACAUGGCAAAGCAAGAAGCAAGCCUUGGUUGCCCAUUCAAGUGCUAAAGAAGAGUUCCAUACCAUGGCACAUGGCAUUUGUGAGCUCCUAUAGCUUCAUGGUCUUCUCACUGAUUUGGCUGUUCCUAUGAAGCUCUUUUGUGACAACAAAUUUGUCAUUAGCAUUG